ACCGCAACUGCUGCGUGCGCCCAGCAGAAGCAAGACUGCGUCGCCGGUCGUCUGCCUCCCGGGAAUACGCGUCGUCGCCUUCUGGAACUCGUGGUCUUCGCGCCUGUCUAUACUAGAGGACAAAUUCCGCGUUCACUGUUGAGGCUCUUGACGUCACGUGAUCUCCACAGUGACGUACUGAAGUCCGCAGUGACGUAACUCUCUCGCCAGGUCGUCGGGUUUACGCGGCGACCUCACGACGACGAUCUUAACCCGACCUAACCAGGAUGACGGGCAGGCCAACGUCGCCUCCGGAAUGCGGCAACCUUCUGUUCCAUUGGAUUUACCUCUGGACGUUCCUGGUCGUCGUGGUACUCCAACCGGCAAGCGCUGGGCUCUGUUCAGUUGGAGAAGCCUUAAUGUCGUGUAACAGAAAGUUUCUGCGGCCAAAGGGUGAUAAUGAGGUGUUUAUGAAGGCAAUCACGGCUUGCCUGGAAAAGGAGAAGUUAGACCUUACGAAGAUAAACCUGCCAUGCUUCCAGCCGAAACAGGUGGACACCCUAGUGAAGUGCAGGUGUGAGGCUUACGUCCAAGCUGCGGGAAAGAAGUCCAGUGCGGAUGCAAAGAAAAAGACCGUCGACUUCAAGAAAUGCGUGGACAAAGCAGUCAAAAGUUGAAGGCUCUCUACUAGAAAUAAAAGACUACUAAACAACAAA